UAUCCGCCGCUCCCCUCCUCCUCCCCCUCCCCCUUUUUUUCUCAGUCUUCCUCACCCACCCCCUUUUUCUCUCCGUCUCCGUCAUCCCUACACCUCCAGUCUGCUUCUGUUGUCUCGGCGGAUUGUUGGGCUGUCGGAGAGAGACGGGAUAUCGCGAGUAUUGGAGUUUUGGUGAGAGUUUGUGGAAGAUGGCGCCUGUUGUGACAGGGAAGUUUGGGGAGCGCCCUCAGCCACAACGCCUAACAAGAGAAGCGAUGAGGAAUUACCUAAAGGAGCGAGGCGACCAAACCGUCAUGAUCCUGCACGCAAAAGUUGCACAGAAAUCCUACGGCAAUGAGAAAAGGUUCUUCUGCCCUCCUCCCUGUGUCUACCUGAUGGGCAGCGGCUGGAAGAAAAAGAAGGAGCAGAUGGAGAGAGACGGCUGCAAUGAGCACGAGUCGCAGCCGUGUGCCUUCAUUGGCAUCGGCAACAGCGACCAAGAAAUGCAACAGCUCAACCUAGAGGGAAAGAAUUAUUGCACAGCCAAAACCUUGUACAUAUCCGACUCCGACAAGAGAAAGCACUUCAUGUUGUCCGUCAAGAUGUUCUACGGCAACAGCGCAGACAUUGGCGUCUUCCUCAGCAAGAGGAUCAAAGUCAUCUCCAAGCCCUCCAAAAAGAAGCAGUCCCUCAAAAACGCUGACCUGUGCAUCGCAUCAGGGACCAAGGUGGCGCUGUUCAACCGACUGCGCUCCCAAACGGUCAGCACGCGCUACCUGCACGUGGAGGGGGGCAACUUCCACGCCAGUUCCCAGCAGUGGGGGGCUUUUUACAUCCACCUGUUGGACGACGAGGAGUCAGAAGGAGAGGAGUUCACUGUGAGAGAUGGUUACAUUCACUACGGCCAGACGGUCAAGCUGGUGUGCUCGGUCACCGGCAUGGCGCUGCCCAGACUGGUCAUUCGAAAAGUCGACAAGCAGACGGCCCUGCUGGACGCCGACGACCCAGUUUCCCAGCUGCACAAGUGUGCCUUCUACCUGAAGGACACGGAGCGCAUGUACCUGUGCCUUUCCCAAGAAAGGAUCAUCCAGUUUCAAGCUACUCCAUGCCCAAAGGAACCAAACAAGGAGAUGAUCAACGACGGCGCCUCCUGGACAAUCAUCAGCACGGACAAGGCAGAGUACACUUUCUACGAGGGCAUGGGCCCCGUCCACUCACCCGUAACCCCUGUGCCUGUGGUAGAGAGCUUACAGCUUAACGGCGGCGGGGAUGUUGCCAUGCUGGAGCUGACGGGGCAGAACUUCACACCAAACCUGCGGGUUUGGUUCGGAGACGUCGAGGCUGAAACCAUGUACAGGUGUGCGGAGAGCAUGCUGUGCGUGGUGCCCGACAUCUCGGCCUUCCGCGAGGGCUGGCGCUGGGUGCGGCAGCCCGUCCAGGUUCCCGUCACGCUGGUGAGGAACGACGGCAUCAUCUACUCCACCACGCUGACCUUCACCUACACGCCCGAGCCCGGCCCGAGGCCGCACUGCAGCGCCGCCGGCGCCAUCCUGCGGGCCGGCAACGCCAGCCUGCACAGCAACAGCAGCCAGGAGGCCGCCGCCCCCGGCGUCUACGGCCCCAACAGCGCCCCCGGCGCCGGGGUCACGUCCUCGUCCUCCGCCGCCGCCGUGGUGUCCUAACGCACACACAGUAUGCCUUGAGAGCAAAACACACCUUGGGGUAUAUACAUGACAGACUAUAGGAAUUAAACCCAAACUUUGACUCAUCGUACAGUGCUGCGUGUUUAGCUGGGAUACAAACAAAAGGAGCAAAACUAAAGGAGUGACAUCACCGAGGUGUCAGCCAAUGGGAAUAAGCAGAAGUGCUCCGUCGCCCGCGGUUAACUGUAGGGACCUGCCUAUUUAAUCCUGGUGUUUGGAAUGAGUGACGUUCCUGCAGGCUCAGAGCACCAGCACCUUCCUUCAGCUGUGAGAACCGACGACGACAACAAUACAUCCAUUCUGAACGCAACACCGACCACAACCUGAACGGAUCGGUGCGUCGUCGGCCCGCCUGGAUUCACGCUGAUCAACUCCCACGAGCCUCAGCUGGGCGUAUUGUUGUUGUCGCAGGACGCAGAGGGACACACAAAAACGUGAUGAUAACAUAGUUUUUAUGGACCAAGGAUCUUGUAUAAGCUUUAGUAAAGGUACAUUUUUCUCCAUACCUUUUUUUUGUAUUAAACAUAUAGUACACUUUUGUUACCAAAUAGUUUCUAUUCCUUCUCUGAGCUUUUGGGCUUUGUUUCCCUCCCCUUCUGCCCCCGUUUGAGGUCCAAACUCCCAAACCUUUUAUGUUAAUGUGACCUUACAACAAACGCCUGCUUCUCAGUCUUUGGAUUGUUUUUUUUUGUUUUUCCUUUUGAUAUGUCUUCUUUUGAGUGGGGGGGGGGGAAACAAACAAAAUCUGAUGUCUGGGUUUGUUUAGUCACAUAAGCGAAGGUUGCUUUUUAUAUUACGUUUGUUUCUAUUGAGACGGGGAGGACGACCUCAGAGGGGCCUAUAUUUUUUAUCCUCUUUGGUUUUUAUGAAGUCUUUAAAAAGAAAAAGCUUUAAGCAACGCCUUUUGCCUUGCCUGCAAUACUCUGCGUGCUCGCCGAGUCUCCUGGAACGCAAACGCUUUCAGUACAUCUCACAUGGAGCCAUAGCAACAUCUGCAGAAUAUGUGGAGAAAAAAAGAAGACAUUCUUGGUUACAAAAACAAGUCAAACUCAUGUAAUAAGCGUUAGUAAGCCUUAGUACUGUAUACUCUUACUGUGCACACAGUCAGACCAGUCGCAUAUCUAAUAUCUGUUGCUCACUGCACCCGGCGAGGCGUCUUCCAGCACGUGCUCUGCUUGUAUCCGGUAGUUUUCCAAAAAAGAAGAAGGAAAAGAAAGAAAGGAAGAAAAAGAAAAACACAGACGAUGGACACUUUUUCAAUUUGAUGUGGCCUUACUGCAAAACGACGGGGGGAGAAAAAAAAAAAAAAAAGAGUUCACCUUUUUCUUAUAUGCUGUUUACUCACCUUGGAAGAAGCUGUGCGUAGCACAAACUAAUGCCUCGCUGCUUAUCACAGGAGCUCUGCUGUCUCUGAGCUCAUUGCUGCCGCUUCACCCUCCCUGCAGAAGCAGCCUUCUUCUUCUCCUGAAGCCUUCCUGAUUUGUGUUUUUUUUUUUUUGUUUUUUGGGGGUUUUGUUUGUGGUGUACAAAUACAGAGAUCCCUACUCUUCUGUGUUUGUUUCGAUAUUGUUCUUCUGCUGCCACGGUUGGGACAAUCCCGGGUAGGCAUGGACCGGUGUGAUAACCUCGAGGAAAAAAAAAACGUCACAAUAUUUACAAAAAGAUUUCAAAUUUACUCCCAUUUAAAACAGGAAGCACGCCAGCUGGAAUAAUUCACUUUACCUGCUUCUACUCCUGAACGAAAGCCUUUCUAUUCAAGAAUUCAAACGUCACCACGUCUUGUUUUACUUCAUAAGGUACUGAUCAGCAAGAGCAAAUGCCAGAUUUUCCCACCAGAUAUUGAUUUCUGAACUCUUCCCAACUUCACUGGUUAGAAGUGAACAUAAAAUUCUUCUUUGUGUGUUUUUCUGGUCUGAAAGUGCAACUUUUUCCCUCCUUAUUUUCACCAUUUGCUCUAUAUGAAUGCUCAAAGUAAUUUUUAAAAUUUGACAGAGAGGCCAGUAGUUAAUUUUUACAGGUAAGCCCCAAAAUGUUUCACACACGUUUAAGAUGUAACAUGUUUUAUCUGGUUUGAAACGAGAAAGGCAAGCAUCUGCUAACUGACAAUGAGACGCUAUGCAGAGCUUACGUUUAAAAAAAAAGAAUAAAAAAAAGUUGGUUUGUUUUUAAAAAAAAUUUUACUUAAGUAUUUCUUUACCUUUUCUAAAGCGGAUUUUACAACAACCAAGCCCUUCUUGUAGUUGCUGGUUUCCAUUGGUAUUUUGAUAUUUUAUUUUUGGUGACUAAAAGUUAAAAUUACUGUCAAUUCAGAAGAAGCAUGUUGGCAGUAUAAAGAGAUAACUUUGUAGCUCUACAUACAACAGAUAUGAACAUUUUUUUAAUUGUAGAUGGUAAAAUCUUGGGGGGGAAAAAAGAAGUGCAAUAGUUUUUACCUGAGUGCUGUCGCAUUUUUUUUCUUUUACAAUUUGAUUUUGUUGCACAGACUUGAGCAAAAAUGCAAAAUAAAAUAGAAAUAUAUUAAAUUGUAGGUUCCAAGCACUCAAGUCAACAAACAUCAUUCCUUUUGGCAUUUUGUAAAAAUCUUAAAACAGCUUUUUUUAAAAACAGCUAACUGGCUUUGUAGUUACUACUUGUACUACUUCAGCAGAUGCGCUUUCUUGUAAGCAAUGGACAAUAAAAUGGCCUUUCAGCCAGCUGGCUGUCAGUGUGCAGCAGCAGAUGGGUCACUUCUGAAUCUAAAGACUUGUGCAGAAACUAAGGUGGGAAAAUAUGCGUUUGAACUCGUAACAGAGACUAAUGCCUUUGUUUGCACUCCAUAGAUGUCCGUGUUUUCUGGAAUAGAAAGGUUUCCAGCCAAAUGUGUUUCUUUUGUUUUUUUAAUAAGUGAAGGAACUCGCCUUCUUUUAGCCAGCCUGACAUUCAGCGUACAGCAACAGGUGGGGGAGGGAGGUUUUUUUGAAAAAUCUGAACUUGGUUCAUGCCUACAUCCUGGCUGCUGUGAGCCCCUCUCCGCCUUCUGUCUAAAUUACCCUGUGGUUCAUUGCGCCGGCGGUGACGUCACCUCCUUUGGGAGCAAAAAAAAAAAAAAAAGCCUUUUUAAAUGUGUAUUUAAAACGAAAACGUGCAUUUCCGAACAUAACAGCAAUAUUGUACAGGUCAUUUCAUUGUCGUGUUUUAUGUUCCCAUUCGCCUGAGCACUAGUUCACCAGCCUGCAAGUUCCUUAAAGCGUGCUAGUGCCGUAAUGUCGUCACUGUGACCGAAUACUGAUUCGGUCCAUUUAUAGGAAAAAAAAAAAAUAUUGAGUUUCCGGUCUUCCACCAGAUCCAAAAAAAACAACAGCCGUCUAGCUUGUGGAGAGACAUUCAAAGGCAAUACAAAACAAUACAAUACAACAGCACUGUAACUUGAAUGUCUACUCAAUGAAGUGUUUCAUAAUUUUGUUACACCUUGAAACAGGAACAGAAAAGGAUUCGUUCCACUCCCCCACGCCCCCCCCCCCUUUAAUUAAUGUAUAAAAAAAGCGCAGAAAAGAAACGAUGAGUUAAGUUAUGCCCUGUUCUUAUCCAUCAUGUUUGUUAUUAAUGUAAAAUGUUUUAUAUUGUAAUAUUGAUAUUUUUUAAAUUAUUGGUACAAAGUCUCCCGUUGUCUUACGUCAAAUUUUCAACAAAAAAGAAAAAAAAAAAGAAGAAAAAAAAAGUGCAUUAUUGCCCGUGCUGCCUCUAAAGUUUCCCUUAAAGUACGCCACUUCCUGGAAUGACUUUAAACUAAAAAAAAAUAAAUAAAUAGGUGCUGCAGCAGCGGAGUAGCAUCCAAAACGAGCAGCAGCGGCGCUUCCCUUUACUCUGCAGGAUGGAGGUCACCAAAUCUUAACUGUAAAUUUUUAUUUUUUUUAAUUUUUAUUUUUUUUCUUACCGUCCUCUGUCUCCUAAGAUUAAAUAUUUGUUUACAUGUUGCGGCCUCGAGGCAAACUCAUUAAGAAAACAAAAAUGGCGGCUCUUGCUCUCAACAAAUCCGCCGCCUUCGACAAUCCGAGUUAAUUUACUGAGUUUUCUGUUUUCGGAAUGUGUUAAUUCAAAAAAGAAGGGGGAACACACUGUCAAAAAGUAAAAAAAAUAAUUAAGAUGUUACAUGCCUUCUCAAUGCGCACGCUGUGUUGAUAUGAACCUUCACCAGAGGGAAAACACCGUCUCUCUGUCUCCUCGUUUGCUUUCGUGUCUUUUUGUUCCUCUUCGUGCGUCCCUGUCGUUUUUUUUUUUCUUUCUUUUUUUUACUUUACACUACCAAAAACACACACAAAAAAAGAAAAAAGCAGCUGUUCUGUGUGGAUGUGUUUUUAUGAGCUCUGAACAAUGUAUGUAUCUUCUUAAUAUGCCAAAUGUCUUUUUAUAAUGUAGUUUUCAUGCACUGCUAAACAAAAAAAAACAACAACAAAAAACAGGGCAGAGUGAGAGGCAGCUUUAAACGAAUAAAACGGAGUGUGGAGCCCUUUCUCUGUCGCACUCAGCCUUACUUCUCCUUUUAGACUAUUUGGCUGUUUGCACUACAGAGCGCUAAACUUUCUACUUCUUCUCACACAUUUCAUUCUCCAUCGUUUCUAAUGUCUUUUUUUUUUAAUCUUCCAUUGUGCAUUUGAAGAUUUCUCACAUUUUUUUGUUGUUGUCAAUGCUUAGCCUCGCUGCACCUGUUUCGCCCUUUCUUUGUCUUCAUCUCCUCCUCGUCUUCAUCUCCUCCUCCUCUCACUGUUAUCUGUGUAUUAUUCUAGUAAAAAUGGUAAGCAGAGGUGUUGUGUGGUAGUAUAUAUAUAUACUCAGUGCUCAAAGGGUUGCUGAUGGUAGAAACCUGUGCCGUUUGUAACAUUUAGCAAUAACGUCAAAACAAAGGGGACGUUUUUUUUUUUUUGUAUUAUUAUUAUUUUUCUUUUUUGUUUUUCUUUUCUUAAUAACAUAUGUUAGUUUGUUUUUGUACAUAUUGCAGCUCCAGAUCAUGCUCAAAACUGUAUGUCAUUAAAAGAAGAAAGGAAAAAAAAAAAAAAAAAAA